AUGACGCCAAAGAAGCCGUCUCCACCGCAAAAGGGUCAGGCAAAGCAUUCCAAACUCAUCACCAACCUGCAUUUAUCUCUUCACGGCCGGCUGCAGACGGGACUUGAACGGGACUUGAAAGCAGAAUAUAAGAUGGCGGAUAUCCCGAUCCAGGUAAUUUCAGACAACUCCGUGUCUGAGCGGAGAAUCACUCCAUCAUGGUCCAUCAGCACUCUGAAGACAAAGCUUGAGCCCAUCACGGGCAUCCCCCCUUCAGCCCAGAAUAUCAGUCUCAAAUCCUCAACCAGGUCGGAAGCCAUUCCCGUCGAGGCGGUCGAUGAGGAUAGCACACAACUAUCCUCCUUUCCCCUGGCACCUUAUGCCGAGCUGCAUGUGGCAGAUACCAGACCUCCUGGGGCGAGGCCCAACUACACCGACACAAGCGGGGUUGAAAAGUAUGUGAUGCCUGAAGACGAGUACGAGAAAAAGACGGACUCUGUUCUCGCAUGGAAAAAGGCGCAGAAAUUGGGCCGUUUCGAUCCAAAUGCACCAAGCCACGAAAAAGCCAGGCUGGAUGCUCUGGAACAGGAGGUGCGCCAGCGCGGCAUUCAAGUCGGUAAGCGAUGCCGCGUCGGCGGCGAGGACACACGACGGGGAGUGGUCAAGUUUGUAGGGGAGGUCCAAGAGAUACCGAAUGGCAUUGGACAGUGGGUGGGCGUACACUUGGACGAGCCAGUUGGCAAGAAUGACGGCAGCAUCGACGGACACCGCUACUGGGGUAGCCCUUCGCCUAUGAAGCACGGCGUGUUUGUGCGUCCGGAACGAGUAGAGAUUGGUCAUUAUCCUCCAAUGGACGAUCUAGAGGACAUGGAGGAGAUCUGA